CACUCUGCAGUUUGUGCUGUGGCUGUUUAAGGAGCUGGAGCUGUUUAGCUAGCCUACCAGCAGCCUAUAAACAUAAACACACACAGCACAUAUCUCUCUAAUUGUCAUAAGCCUACAAACAGGAAUCUGUUACUGGUUUUCUUAGUGCACCCGUGGUGUUUGAAAAUAAUUCGUUUGAACCUCCUCGAUCUUACCUAAAGCCAACCACUCCUACACAUCCAACUCUUCCAAAUUGAUAUAUGACAAUAUCUACUUUCGAUCACGUGUCUGCGGGGCGACUUAGACGGAUUGCGCGUCAUCUCGCCUUCCCAAAUUUUUCCCUUCUGCUGCAGCUCGUAUCCAAAACAUCUAUCUAUAGUACGGAGUACGAGAGAGAGAAAGAUGUUUAACUCGGUGAAUCUGGGCAACUUCUGCUCCCAGACGCGCAAAGACCGGACAUCCGAGUUUGGGGACAGGACGGGCUGCGCGUCCAACAUCUACCUCCCCAGCUGCACCUACUACGUCCCCGAGUUUUCUGCCGUCUCCUCGUUUCUUCCACAGGCCCCGUCCCGGCAAAUCAGCUACCCUUAUUCCACAAAUCUUUCUCAAGUACAGCCGGUACGGGAAGUUUCAUACGGCUUAGACCCUGCUAGUAAAUGGCACCACAGAAGCAAUUAUGCAUCGUGCUACUCGGGAGAGGAUCUGGUGCAUAGGGACUGUCUUCCACCAUCCACCAUGACAGAAAUGCUUAUGAAGAACGAGAGCGUGUACAGCCACCACCAUCACCAUCACACCCACCCGGGCUCCAAUCACCCCUCCACAGGUUUUUACUCCGGCGUGGGGAAAAACAACGUCCUUCCGCAAGGUUUCGACCGCUUUUUUGAGACCGCAUACUGCAGCAGCACGGACAAUCAGUCAGACAAUUGUUUACAAAAGGGCGAGGGGGGAAAGCUGGAAAGCGACUCCCAGCAGCAGCAACAACAGCAACAACAGCAGCAGCAGCAGCCCACAGCCUCUGUACCCGGAGCCCCGGAGCAGGAAAAAGAUCCAGAAGAUGAAGAGGAACAUACAAAUUCGGGCUCGUGCACUUCUUCCUCCGCAACAACCAAGGACGGCAACGCCAGCAAGAGCAGCCACUCGAGCACUCCUCGCACAAGGAAGAAGAGGUGUCCAUAUUCCAAGUUUCAGAUUCGAGAGCUGGAGCGGGAAUUCUUCUUUAACGUUUACAUCAACAAAGAAAAAAGGCUUCAGCUAUCCCGAAUGUUAAACCUCACCGACCGUCAGGUUAAAAUUUGGUUUCAGAAUAGAAGAAUGAAAGAGAAGAAGCUCAGCAGAGAUCGCCUGCAGUAUUUCUCUGGAAACCCCCUAUUGUGAGCAGGAGCAGAAAAAGUGUCACAGUCUUUGGUCAGUGACAUCAAGGCCUACUCUUAUCUCACUGAAUUGUAAUCGUGGGCAUAACCGUUUUCUAAAGGAGCCCACAUCACCAACAGUGCAAUGUUAAAGUGGACAGUGGGAGUAACAGGCCUGCAUGGGAUAAAGUCGCCAUUUUCUUAUUGCCCUACGGGCGGCGGUGAAUUUCUAGCUGAUCCCCAGAAAGGCCUACAUGGUUAGAAUAAUCAUUUAUAUGCUGUUCUUGAAUAUGUCCCUCUAUUUAUCACGAUUCUCCAUUGUGUUUAUUCUAUUGUUCAUAUAGACAUAUUUGUUAAUAAUAUCAAAUGUAACAAACAGUUUGAAUCCUUAUUGCGCAGACAAACUUUUAGCUCUUCCCUUUCCCUCUGGUCUUUGUAUAUAGCAUAUCAUUAUCUAAUUAUUUCUCGGCCAGAGUAUGAACAAGUUAUAGCAAAUCUCCAGGCUGCAUUUUUUUCCGCCAGUGAGAACUGUGACGUCCAAUCUGUGAAAGUAUACCCCCUGUACAGAGUAGCCUAUGCAAUGUGCAUUCGUGACUGUAAAUAGGCGUAUGUUGAAUUCCCCCCCCCCCCAGCCCUGCUGCUAUUUUUCAGUACAGUGCCCCUACAACUUUAAACAGCUUUAACGCCAACACUCGUUAAAUUAUUUGCUUCAAACAUUGGUGCUUUUGGAUCCCAGAGAGGAGGAGGUACAGAUUGUCGGCCUGUGUAUCAUUAAUAUAAUACCUAUGAAAUAAACAGAAACAUAUAGGCAAAA